AUAAUAUUUACCGGAUUUGUUUAUUUGGCACCUGAUUCCCAGUGAGUAAAUUCCAACGACAUUGCGCAACGACACCUUCAUCGCUUCUUCUACAGCUUGCGUGUCCCGCGAAACACACCUCACAAACCACUUCUUAUUCCUUUCUCCCUCAAAUCCUGAGGCUUGAUCAUCAUCAAUCAUCACCUGUUUCCAAAACAGCUUUCUGAAGAACAACAUCAAAACCCUACCCUGCAAUCCGCGAUGCAACAAGGAGAUUACAGUUCCGCUCCAUAUUACCAAUUCCCUCAUCUUCAAAACCCUAACCCUAACCCCAACCCUGUGCCUUCCGAUCCUCUCCCCAACAAUCCCUACGCUUCUGCACCUCCCUUCACUCCCAAUUACGUUCCUUCCGAUUACACCCCUUACCCCUCAUCCUAUCCCCCUUCCUACUCGCAGAACCCCGAUCCUACUCCACCCACCGCUCCUUCCUACCCUCCGUCUUCCUCCAACCCUAAUUUGCCUCCCUUCAAUUCCAACUUCGAAUCCAACCCUUCUUACCAACCACCACCCUCUCAACCCUAUUUCCCACCCUAUGAUCAGCAGCAAACGCCUCCCAAUUACGCCCCGCCCCCUUCAUCAAUUCCUUCCACCCCCAAUUCCACUGCUUCGUACUCUUCCUUAUAUAAUUCCGCUCCUUACGGCCACACAGCUGGAUCCUCCGUUCCUCCGGUUCCAGCAUACGAAGCCUCAUACGAUAAUCCGGUGAAGCCCGAUCAUGGGAGUGGCUUUUUCGAUGAUAGAUAUGGUGGUUUUAAUCGGAGCCGUUCCGAUUUGGGAUCCGAUUAUUAUGGGAAGCGUCACGAUGGCAGCGUUUCGAGGUACGAAGGUGGCGGUGAAGAAGGUUAUGGAGAUGGUGUGUAUGCUUAUGAAGGGGGCAAAGUGGAACCAUAUGGGGCGCGAGGCACUGCGCCGAAAUCGUCGACGUGGUCAGCGUUUGAUGAUUAUGGGAGGUCAAUCAGUUUCCCCUCUCAGAAGGAAACUUCUGUUGGGGGGAAGAUUGUGAAGGCAGUGCCAAAGGCUGAUACCCAAGAAGACGUGAAAGGUGGCGUGCAGAAAUUUCGGGUGAAGCUGUUGGCAGAGAGUGGUGGUCAGAGCACUAUGGAUGUUCUCUGUCAGAUUGGUUUGGAUGGAAUUCGUAUGUUGGAUCCAUAUACCAGUCGGACUUUGAGAAUAUAUCCUCUUGAGAAUGUAACAAGAUGUGAUAGAAUGGAUUCAUCUACCUUUGCAUUUUGGUCAAAGAGCCCGGUGGACAUUGAGCCAAGACGAAUCAGAUUGCAAUCCAAUAGCUACACUACUAACACACUUUUGGAUACUGUGACUGCUGCAACCAUACAGUUCAAGGAAAUGGGUGGAAGCAAGAGGCCUGUUGAAUCAGUGAAAAUAAAUGAACAGCCUGCAGAAAGAAAGAAAGGGUUUGGCGAUUGGAUGAAUCUGAUUAAACCUGCCAAUGAAGAGAAGGAUCAUUGGGUCCCAGAUGAAGCUGUCUCAAAAUGUACAGCAUGUGGCACUGACUUUGGGGCUUUUGUUCGUAAGCAUCACUGUAGGAACUGUGGUGAUAUUUUCUGUGACAAAUGUACGCAUGGUAGAAUUGCUCUAACUUCUGAUGAGAAUGCUCAACCAGUUCGAGUUUGUGACCGGUGCAUGGCAGAAGUGACUCAGCGGCUUAACAGUGCUAAAGAGUCAUCGAGUAAACCUGCAUUGCAGAGUCAUGAGGAUCUUGCCAGGAAACUUCAGGAGGAGCUGGAGAGAAAUCGAAAGUUAUCAGUUUACAAGCCUGAGGGAUCUGGAAGACGGAUGAAGGAAGUUGCAUGCCCUAUUUGCACAGUCCACCUGCAGGUUCAGGUGCCUAGCUCAGGUUCAGAGACCAUUGAGUGUGGAGUUUGCCAGCACCCAUUUCUCGUGAGUGCUCAUUGAGUUCAGAUAGCAUUAAUACGGAAGGUGUCUAUAUGUUUCCCAAGUUUAAAACUCAAUUGUUUUACUGAUCUCUGUCUUGCACAUUGAUAAUUAAUGAUGGGGAUUGCCUUAUGUUUAUUAUACCUAUGGGCUUGUUUGAUGACCAAUUUUCAUCUGCAGCAUUUUAUUUUUCUCGUUUUCGUGCUUUGAGCUUGGUGUGCUUUGUUAGUUGUUUACUUCUCUUUUUCACCCCCUCAAAUUCGUUGGUCCGCUUGUAUAAAAUAGAUGCUGAACUUGUACAUGUAUAGCUAUGUUAAAAUUCAUUUUGGUUUAAGAUGAUUCGAUGGCUCGUCAGCUCUGAGAUUUGGUAACUUUUAAAUCACUAGGCCAACUGGGCUGCAUUUAUGAGACAUUACGUGAUGUUUUAUAAUUUAUAGCAGAAUAUCAUUUGUUU